UUCGUUUCCUUUAAUUAUUAUUCCGAAUAGUACGCAGAGAAAAGAAAAGAAAAGAAUCGCUUCCGGUAAUAAUUUAAACUCAACCUCAAUAAUGUCGGCGUCUUUCUCCGUCGUAUGACCCCAUUGAUGUCUAAGGGAAGCCUUCUUUGAAUGAUUGUCUUAGUGCUACGAAUCACAGAUCACUAUGGACAAAGAGAGUGUAAAUGGUAUUGGAUCACCUCAAAGAUCCAGCAGCGUUGACAGCUUAAAGGUUGAAUCUCCGGGUAGUUCGACGAGAAAAGGUUUCGGUUUGAAGAAAUGGAGAAGGAUCAAGAGGGAUACUCCUGUGAAAGACGAAGCUGCUGCUGCGCCUGUUGACGAUGGUAGUAGUAAAUUGCUGAAGCGUAAUUUGACUGGUCUUGUGAACCCUCCUUCUAAACAUGUAGACAUGUCUUCGGUUGAAGCAAGACAAGGUAGCGAAGAAUGCUCUGUUGGAUCUGUGAAUAUGGCUGUGCAUCAUCAUCAUCAUCUUCUCCCAGGUGUAGUCAACGGAUUUAGUCCGGCUCCAGGUUUUAUGUUUAACGUAGGCCAAGGUUUUGAGAAGAGUGAAGAGCAUAGCGGAGGAGGAGGGAAGAUUGUUUCAGGUGGUAGCCAAGGGAGGGAUACCAUCAAGAAUGGAAGCGAAAAGCGCAUAGUAGAUUCGGAUAGUGAUUUUGUGUUUUCUAGUGGCUCUGGGAACCAUAUAGCAGAAGGUCAAGCUAGGGACCAAGUUGAGACAUAUAGCAGAAGCGAGAACGGAGGAAAAGAUGAAGAUGGAGAUGAGAGUCAUAAUAAGAAGAAGAACGAACAUUAUUGGACGGCAGACAAGGAUCACAUUGCAGAUUCUAUCAGAUGUCUUGCAGCUCUGCAGGAAGCCCUUUGGAAAGAGGUUCAAAGUUUCCAGGAGCUGAGUAAGGAAUCUAUACCACAACAUUCGAACAUUGAUGAAGUUGAUUCAGGAUCACAGGUACUGAUCUUGAAGCAGAAGGUAAAACAUCUCCAACACAAACUCAAGGAAGCUAGAGCUGAUCUGGAUGCAAAGGAAGCCAAGAUCCAUGAACUCGAAAACUCGAUGAUCGAAUCUGAACUUGAAGGCAUUUUCCAGAGAAAGAUGGAAGCUGAAAUCCAGCAUUUGAUGCUCACGAGUUCUCUGAGUGCAUCAUCAUCACUACAAGUACUCAAAGAACAACCGAAGAAGGUACAACAUUCUGUGACUCGAGAUCCUGAACCGAACCGUGGGAACAUGUUAGGGAAAACAUGCAAGUCCGGUUUGUAUUUCUUGACGCAGCUGAUCUUGCUAGUCUCUAUACUUCGGUUACUGCUCCACCAAUCCUCUCCUGCUUCACGAUUAGUUAUACCAACCUGAAAAAGCGGUUCAUGUUGGUGUUCAUGUUGUUUUUUACCAAACAUUUUUGUUUUCAGUUAUUGUUUGUAAUGACUAGUUGAGUUUGCUCGGGCAUAAAAAUACAAGGAUGAAUAAUAAUUUAUUAGAUGUGUAAUGUAAGCUUUUUAAUCGAAUUGUAAUUAUCAA